CGGCGCCUCGGGAAAAUGGGAGCUGCUGCAAAGUUGGCGUUUGCCGUCUUUCUCAUCUCUUGUUCUUCAGGUGCUAUCCUUGGUAGAUCAGAGACUCAGGAGUGUAUUUAUUAUAAUGCUAAUUGGGAGAGAGAUAGAACCAAUCGAACUGGUGUGGAACCAUGUUAUGGUGACAAAGAUAAACGGCGGCAUUGUUUUGCUACCUGGAAGAAUAUUUCUGGUUCCAUUGACAUAGUAAAGCAAGGCUGUUGGCUGGAUGAUAUCAACUGCUAUGACAGGACUGAUUGUAUAGAAAAAAAAGACAGCCCUGAAGUUUAUUUUUGUUGCUGUGAAGGCAAUAUGUGUAAUGAAAGGUUUGCUUAUUUUCCUGAAACAGAAGUCACACAGCCUACUUCGAAUCCAGUUACACCUAAGCCACCCUAUUAUAACAUCUUGCUCUAUUCCUUGGUGCCACUUAUGUUAAUUGCAGGGAUUGUGAUUUGUGCAUUUUGGGUGUACAGACAUCAUAAGAUGGCCUACCCUCCUGUACUUGUCCCAACUCAACACGCCUUUCAUAUAAUGAUAGAGGAUCCAGGACCACCCCCACCUUCUCCGUUGCUAGGGUUGAAACCCCUGCAGUUAUUAGAAGUGAAAGCAAGGGGAAGAUUUGGCUGUGUCUGGAAAGCCCAGUUGCUCAAUGAGUAUGUGGCUGUCAAAAUAUUUCCCAUACAGGACAAACAGUCAUGGCAAAAUGAAUAUGAAGUCUAUAGUUUGCCUGGAAUGAAACAUGAGAACAUAUUACAGUUCAUUGGUGCAGAGAAACGAGGCACCAGUGUUGAUGUGGAUCUUUGGCUAAUAACAGCAUUCCAUGAAAAGGGUUCACUGUCAGACUUUCUUAAGGCUAAUGUGGUCUCUUGGAAUGAAUUGUGUCAUAUUGCAGAAACUAUGGCUAGAGGAUUGGCUUAUUUACACGAGGAUAUACCUGGCCUAAAAGAUGGCCACAAACCCGCCAUAUCUCACAGGGACAUCAAAAGUAAAAAUGUGCUGUUGAAAAACAACCUGACAGCUUGCAUUGCUGACUUUGGGUUGGCUUUGAAGUUUGAGGCUGGCAAAUCUGCAGGUGAUACUCAUGGUCAGGUUGGUACCCGGAGAUAUAUGGCUCCAGAGGUAUUAGAGGGUGCCAUAAACUUCCAACGGGAUGCAUUUUUAAGGAUAGAUAUGUAUGCCAUGGGAUUAGUCCUGUGGGAGCUGGCUUCUCGUUGUACUGCUGCAGACGGCCCCGUGGAUGAAUACAUGUUGCCAUUUGAGGAGGAAAUUGGCCAGCAUCCAUCUCUCGAGGACAUGCAGGAAGUUGUGGUACAUAAAAAGAAGAGGCCAGUUUUAAGAGAUUAUUGGCAGAAACAUGCUGGAAUGGCAAUGCUUUGUGAAACAAUAGAAGAAUGUUGGGAUCAUGAUGCAGAAGCCAGGUUAUCAGCGGGGUGUGUAGGUGAAAGAAUUACCCAGAUGCAAAGACUAACAAAUAUCAUUACAACAGAGGACAUUGUAACAGUGGUCACAAUGGUGACAAAUGUUGACUUUCCCCCCAAAGAAUCUAGUCUAUGAUGGUUGCACCAUGUGUACACACUGAGAAACAGAACUCUGAACUGGAGCUGCUAAGCUAACAGAACUGCUUACAGUUUAUUUCUGCGUGAAAUGAGCAGAAUGUCUCCCAGACGUGGCAGAAAGAAGGCCCUCAUUUAAAAAUGUGGCUCUGGAAGACAUUGGUAUUGCCUACAGCUGAUGUGAAGGACACAAAACUAAGAAAAGUUGCAAACUAUAAACUUUUGAAAAAAGUGUACAUGAAGAAUGUGGCCCUCCAAAUCACAAGGAUCUCUUGGACCUGGCUGGCUAAUCAAGUGUUUGAAAACUGACAUCAGAUUUCUUAAUGUCUGUCAGAAGACACUAAUUCCUUAAAUGAACUACUGCUAUUUUUUUUAAAUCAAAUACUUUUCAUUUCAGAUUUUAAAAAGGGUAACUUGUUUUUAUUGCAUUUGCUGUUGUGUUUCUAUAAAUGACUAUUGUAAUGCCAAUAUGACACAGCUUGUGAAUGUUUAGUGUGCUGCUGUUCUGUGUACAUAAACAGUCAUCAAAGUGGGGUACAGUAAAGAGGCUUCCAAGCAUUACUUUAACCUCCCUCAACAAGGUAUACCUCAGUUCCACGGUUGCUAAAUUAUAAAAUUGAAAACACUAACAAAAUCUGAAUAAUAAAUUUAUCAAUGUUUUGUAACAA